AUGGAGUACGAUACCAAGACCCCCCUAUCCUCAACGUCCGACAAAACCUCCUUCGCAUAUAUCUCCGCUCGAGACAGAUGGCCAGUGAUACUUACUGGGGCUAUCGACGAUGUACACAAGGCGGUAUCCGAUACGACAGAUGAAGCUAAACGGAUAGAGGGAAAGAAGAUCGUUGAGGAGCUUGCGAAACUGAAAUAUGAGCUACAACAUGAUCGCAAGUUGACUCCACUCGCAGAUGACGGAGAGGCAGAUGUUGAGGGAUAUAAUAAGGAAUUGGAACAUCUGGGCAACCCUUCAUGGUUCAAUGUCCCUUGGCUCUAUGCAGAAUGCUAUCUCUACAGACGCAUAGCAACCGCCUUUGCGCUCUCCACCCACUGGAAAUCCUAUGAUAUAUUCGCCGUUCAAAAAAUGUCCACGUUCCGCUCCUCACGUCCAGCAGUCCUCGAACUCGCCAGCCGCUACCACGAACUCAUCAACCAAAUGAAGAAAAAAGACAACAAAUCCGAGACCGAAAUUGCAGAAGCAGAGAAGAUCCUCUUCAUGGAAAUGUGCGAGAUCUGCCUGUGGGGAAACGCCACGGAUUUGUCCCUCCUGACGUCCCUCACAUACGAAGAUAUCCAGAAAUUGCAAGGCUCAGAAGCACGGAAGGCCUCGGAGAAGAAUAUCAUUGUAAAUGACCUGGAAGCUGCUUACGAUUUUCUGAAGAAGGCUCAGCAAGAGGGAAAGUCAUACCGUCAGGUUGAUAUCGUGCUGGAUAAUGCUGGCUUCGAACUAUACGUCGAUCUUAUCCUAGCAGGCUUCCUCCUGUCCGCUGGACUCGCUACGAAUAUCAUUCUGCACCCUAAGUCGAUCCCUUGGUUUGUCUCUGAUGUCUUGCCUGGCGACUUCGCAGCCCUCCUCAACGCACUUGCCAACCCACAAUCCUUCUAUUCUACUCCUUCCGAAGACGAGAAGAACGCAGGCAAGACACCUACACCACUUACCCAAACCGAGAUCGAUGAACUCUCAUUCCUCUUCUCAGAAUGGAGUAAUUUCCACGCCGAGGGACAAUUACUUCUACGUUCCAACCGUUUCUGGACAGAGGGAGGCAGUUUCUGGAGAUUACCUACUUCGGCUCCAAGAUUACAUGAGGAUUUGAAGGAGAGUGAGUUGGUGAUUUUCAAGGGUGAUUUGAACUACAGGAAGCUUACUGGCGAUGGAAUGUGGGAUCCAACCACACCAUUCACGCAAGCGCUCGGUCCUCUCGGUCCUGGCUCUGGCGUCAAUGUCCUUGCCCUUCGAACCUGUAAAGCAGAUGUCGUCGUCGGUCUUAAGCCAGGUCAAGACGAAGAGUUGAGAGCUAUGGAGGGUGGUGGUGGUGAUAGUGGGGCACGUAAAUGGGCGUGGAGUGGGAAAUGGGCUGUGGUGUCCUUUUCUGCCGGGCGGUAA